AUGCCUCUCCCCCAUCUCUCUCUCUCUCCCUCCCCACCAGGAUCAGAAACACACACUCAGCGGAGGAGACGGACUGGCCGGCGUGGAGAGACCGCACGGACGGGAGAGAGACACCAGCGCAAUCGCAGCGGCCAGACGCAGGGAGGGGGAGAUACCGGCUCUGCACGCGCCGCCGUGUUGCCGCGGUCGACCCGAGAUCAGCCGCGGCAUGGAUGUGAAUCAGCCGCCUUCGGGGGAGGUGCACGUGUGUGCGCGUGCAUGAGCGAUAAGGAGAAGGGGGGGGGAGAGAGAGAGAGAGAGAGAGAGAGAGCGGGGGAGUGAGAACCUGGCUCCCGCCACACAGCGAGAGCGUUGGAUAGAAGGAGGAGGAGGAGGAGGAACGGAGGGGGAAAUCAAGAGCGGGUGGAGGAGAGGGAGAGGAGAGGGUGGUUCAAAAACAGAAGAAGAAGAAAGAAAAAAAAAGGAAGAGCGGGGUAGCGUUGACUUUCACCGCCGACUGAAGGGAGCGGAUCGCUGCGAGCAGAUGUGCAACAACUCCGGGAACUACCGCCACAGCCCGCGUGCCUCCGUCACCUCCACCUCCGCCCCCUGCCUCCGCCGUCUCCGUCUGCCCCCCCCCAACUUCUGCCUGGGCUCAGCCUCCUCCCAACUCGCCCCCCCUGGGGGAAUGGACUUACACCGGCACGGCCGCGCACCCGGGCUCCCGACUCCCCCCUCGCACCAGUGAUUCAGCGUCUGAGGAACCAUGGUGAGCAAGGAGGCUGGCAAGUACGCGCUCACCAACCACUCAGAGUCCGAGUCGGAGGCGGGCCCCUCUGCGGGCCCCUCGCUGGCCCUGGAGGUGAAGUACCCACUGGACGCCGGCCAGCAGCAGCAGCAGUCGGUGCGGAAGCGGAACAAGGCGCUGCAGGUGCGCUUCAAGGACAUCUGCGAGGCGCAGAACGAGCAGCAGCGCGAGGCCGCCGCCCUGCAGGCCGGGGGCCGGCCCGCCAAGUCCUCGUCCUACAAAGUGGCGCACCGCAAGUACAUGACCGUGCCGGCGCGCCGCUCCAUCCCCAACGUCACGCGCAGCACGGGCGUGCAGACCUCGCCCGACCUGCGCAAGCGCUACCAGACCUUCCCCUUCGAGCGCAAGAAGGGCCACACCUUCAAGCACGCGGCGGCGGUGGAGACGUACACGGCCCGCGACAACGGCUUCGUGGUGGUGGAGGUGGUGCCGCCGCCGCGGGCGCCACCGCAGCCGCCGCGGGCGCUCGCCGGACGGGGGCUGGACGAGGAGGAGGAGGAGGAGGCGGCGGCGGCGUGCGGCCGGGGUGGGGUCCGUCGGACCCGGGCCCUGCUCCACACCAACGAGUGCGUGGCCACGGUGGAGCAGCACAGGGCGCCGGCGGCCCUGUGCUCCGACGCGCUGCUGCUGAGCUGCCCUGCGGAGGUCAGCGCCCUCCCGGACGCGCCACCAGGGGGCGGCGGCGGCGGGGACUACCAGCUCUGCAGCGUCCCCCCGUCCGGGAACCCCAGGCCCCGGCCGCAGCGGCGGGAGGACGGGGCGGGCUGCGGGGCCAAGAGGCAGCUGCUGAACGUGGAGGAGGGCUCGGCCCGCACCCUGCCGGACAGGGUGUCCAGGGUCACGGGCCCCCUCACCUGGAACUCCCUCACGCAGGUGGAGUGUCUGGACAGCCCCUCCGUGAGGAGGAAGAAGGGCCUGCAGCUCAACGGCCUGCAGUCUCAGACGCUGCCCCGAGCCGGGGCCGGGGCCGGGUGCUCGAGGCAGCCGCCGCCCUCUCCGCCUCUACGGGCCACGGAGGGCCCGCCUCUCCUGUCCCCGUGCGGCGCGGGGGGGCCCGGGGGAGCGAUGGCGCUGGGUCCGGGGUCGCCGGAGGCGUGUAAGCAGAUAGUGCCAGUGACUAAAGACGGGGAUGUUAAAGCACAGCUGCAGGUCAUGGAGAACAUGAUCAGCUCCAGUCAGGAGACCAUCAAGGUGCUGCUGGGGGUCAUCCAGGAGCUGGAGAAGGGCGAGGCCCACAGAGAAGGCCUCUCUUAUCGAACGGGACAGGACACAGCAAACUGCGACACGUGUCGCAACAGCGCAUGCAUUAUUUACAGUGUGGAGCUGGACUUCAAACAGCAGGAGGACAAGCUGCAGCCUCUAAUGAAGAGGCUGUGCCCCCCCGAGGAGUCUGGAUUCCCCCCGCUGCCUUACCCCCAGGAGGCCUUCACCUCCACGCCCAAACGCAAGUCCAAAGCCGACUCCAAGAAGCACCCGCGCUGGAAACUUUGGUUCCUUUGAACCCCGGAUGCAGAAGAAGAGUUAAAAGAAGACCGCGCUUCGGUCCACAGAGUCGACGCCCCCCCCCCCCCCCCCCACCCUCCC